GGCGCGCUUUCCAAUGGUGGCCGACGAGGAUGAUGAUGAUCUCUCUGUGGGGGAACCUGAAGCUGGGCAGGCGGAAUGUGUGUGUUGCUGUGCCGCUACAGACGGAGCGGUUUGGAGGGACUGACCGAAGCGUCCUCGUCUUGCAGGACUCUGCUGUAGAAACGCUGCCUCCUCCAGAAAAUCCCUCAUCUCCAUGGUAACGGGCCUCGGGCAGACCCAGAAAAACAUCGGGCCAAACUCGUCCGUUCCUCUCCAACCUACCUAAAACUGGACCAUACUGAAGAGGAUAUAAAAAAAAAAUCAUCAUUCUUUGAAGUAUUAAUGAUGACCUAUCACUUCUUGGAGUUAUUUUACAAUUUGAGUACAUUCACCGAAGCCAGAAUACCUAAAAUGGUGAAAAAUGUAAUAUUUUAGACUCUGUACGUUACGUAAAAUGCAGAGGAAUUUUUAUACUCUCUAAAUGUUAGCCCGGAGGAACGUUUAAAAGAUUGCUGUUCUUGAGCAAUAUGUCAGGGAUGUAUCCAUGCACCAUUAAGGGCUCUUAAACUGGACACCAGUCCCAAACUGGUCUGAAAGGAGUCCCCAAAACCGGACCAGGAUGCACCAGCUGUUCAGCCGGGUGCUGGGGCAGCGGGAUCUGUCCAGGGCGGGGGAUCUAUUUUCUCUGGAGGACUCAGAGAUCGAGGCCUGUCUGUCUCAGGCUCUGGACCAGAUCAAGGCCAUCUCGUGCUCACAGGACUAUCUGACCAAUGACAACGACCAGGCGGUGGUGGAGAUCUGCAUCACGCGCAUCACCACGGCGAUACGGGAGACGGGCUCCAUCGAGCGGCACAGCGAGGCGCUGGUGGGGCUGUGGGAGUCGUGUCUGGAGCACAACCUCACCCCGCAGGGAGAAAACACAGAGGACACCCCGCACGCCAAGAUAGCCUCUGACAUCACCAGCUGUAUCCUGCAGAACUACAGCUGUCCCUCCGUCAUGGUGCUGGCCGUCCCGGUGGCGGUGCGUUUCCUGCAGAGAGGGAACCGGGAGCUGAGCAGGAACAUGUCCAGUUAUCUGUCGCUAGCAGCCAUCGCCAAGGCUGACCUGCUGGCUGAACACACCGAGGCCAUAACGCUCAGUGUGCUGGGAGGUAACCACAUGCUGUUACGAGUGUUACCCUCAGUCUACCCCCGGCAACCAGACACCAUCCACGGUCACCUAGGCAACCUGACUGCAAUGAUGUCACAGCUGGAGUCCCCGGAGCAGCAACACUUGAUCAGGCUCAUUCAAAUUGUCGCAGAGCAACAUCCACUCAUGUUGAGCCCUCAGGUUCCCGCUCUUGUUAGCUUCCUUGGAGACCAGUCCCUGACCGAGUGCCUGCUGGGAGCGCUGGUGGACGUGUCUCAGGCCAGCCCCUCCUCACUGGUCAGCUUCCUGCCAACGCUGAGGAUUCUGGGUCAACAGUGCCCUGCUCUCCUGGGUCACGUAGCCAAAAUCCAUGGUGCCGUGGGAAUCAUCAGUGAGGCUCACGCUCAUGGCUCGUUGGUGUACCUGGUGUCCUGUCUGGGCAGCAUGGACCACAGCUUUCACCACACACUGCUGCUGGAGAUCAGAGCGCUGACAGACCGCUACCCGUGUUUACUGGGCGGCUGCGGGAAAGACAUCUACAGGAUGAGCAACUCCUUCACCGCUAUAGCUCGCCUGCUAGGGAGGAGACUGGAGGAGAGCACGGCCACGCACUGCAGGCUGGACGAGAUGUCUCCCUUUGCCUCUCUUGCAGGGGGAGGACGGGGGUCAGAGCAGCGGCUGCAGCUGAAGAUCCAGGCCUUUGAGGAUAAGAUGGGGGAGGAGGUGGGAGAGGAGGAGGCGGAGGACUCUCCCGCCCCGCAGCGACGCUACAGCCUGAGCCAGGCCGUCAGGGAGGAGCGCAGAGAAAUGAGAUUCAACAGGUCAAAGAGCUUGGCCCUGCAUGCUGUGCGCUCGCGCUCCAUCACCUCCGACACCGGAGAGGACGCCGAGGGCCUGGAGCCGAGUGCAGACUGCAUCUUCUCACAAACAAACGUGAAUUCACUCUUAGAAAACCAGGAAGCACCGCCUGCUGAGAGCAAACUGAGGGAGGACAGCUCGACGCUCAUCCCUGAUGUCAAAGAGGUGGAGAACUGUCAAAGCAAUGAGAAAAAGAAGGAGAACGAGGAGGAGGAAACUGACACACUCUUCAUCCAUCUAAGAGACAAUAUGGAGGCGAUCAGCGAGUUCUGCAGAGACAUCUUGCAGCAGAUCCCCAUUCCUGAGCAGUGUGUGAUAGAAGAUUCAAAUCGAGGAUGUGUGGCCAAGCUGACGUUCUCCUGUCCUCUCAAGGGCCACUACUGUCUGUAUGCCAAGUCCUGCUUCAACAUGACCAGCAGACAGCCUCAUCUCUGGAUUCACAUCAUGCUGCUGCAUCUGCAGAGUAAGUCCAGUGUCGCUCUGUGCUCCAGGGAUGAGUGUGUCCAGAAACUCGCUUCUCUUUGGGAGAAGACGCAGCUGAAAGGAGCUCACAGCUUCCCAAAGGCCAUGACGCAGCAAACCACCCCACACAGGAAGGACCUGGACAGUCUCCAGGUUCAGCUGGACGAGGUGCGCUUCUUCGACCUGUUCGGCUACAGCGAGGAGGGGGGGUGGCUCUGCUUCAUGUGCAACAACCCUGAGAAGGCCACAGUUGUGAACCAGGAGGGACAGCCGCUGAUCGAGGGGAAGCUGAAGGAGAAGCAGGUCCGCUGGAAGUUCAUCAAGCGCUGGAAGACCCGCUACUUCACCUUGGCAGGAAACCAGCUGCUCUUCCGGAGAGGCAAAUCCAAAGAUGAGCUGGACGACAUGCCCAUUGAGCUGAGCAAGGUGCAAAGUGUCAAGGUCGUAGCCAAGAAGCGACGUGAUCGAGGUCUGCCGCGCGCCUUCGAGAUCUUCACAGACAGUAAGACGUAUGUGCUGAAAGCUCACGAUGAGAAGCACGCCGAGGAGUGGCUGCAGUGCAUCAACGUGGCCGUGGCUCAGGCCCGAGAGAGGGAGAACAGAGAGGCCACCACCUACCUGUGAGGGCCUCAGAAACACAGAGGAGGAGGAGGAGGAGUGUGUCUGUGCACGCUGUUGGUAACAUGACAUACUUCUGCAAACAAAGAUAACGUCUUUCUUCAUCUGUGCACUGCCAGUAGCAUUACUUUGGUGAAAUCUAAUAAUAUUUGUAUGCAGUACUCUAAAUAAACCAGCAAUAAGAGA